CCAACUGACAGUCUCUAGCAUAUCUCGGGGACCAGACAGUAAGCUUACAUGGGACUAGCCCACACGGGCACAGGUCAUCGACCCACACCUGUAACUGAAUAAUCACAAGUCUGCGUCCCAAAUUCAUUUUUUUUUCGUGUUAUGGUUAUUUUUCAGUUAGCCUCCUGCAGAAUUUGGUGAUUCUGCACCAACCCUCGUUAGCCCAGCUUACACUGUCUGUGUUCUUAUUUUACCUGGACCUGCCUUCACCCCUUUCAUCUGAUUUUAAUAAACACUCUCAUAACUACUUUUUGGAGGUAAUUAGUAUUUCUUUCAAUAUUUAAUUAGAUGUUACCAAUGUGUUGCUAGCUGUAGACGCUGUGAUAUAUUAUGUAAACAGUUCUUACAUCAUGUUUAAAACUAAUAUUUACUAGUGUGAAGUUGUGUCAUGAAUUUCCUGAGCGAAUGUAUGUAUGUACGUCUUUCUAUCUAUUUAUCUAUCGACCUACCAACCUUCCUACCUAUACAUCUACCUAUGUAUCUAUGUACCUACUUUACCUACCUACCUACUCAGUGACCAUGGCAACUGGGCAACAUGAUACUGUACAUCAACCAGACACAAAAAGAUAACGGUCAACCAUUAACGACAGUAUUACUUUUUUUCCCUAACCCAAAUAAAAACUGGAUACAAGACAAAAGAAAGCCAGUUGGUAGUAUGGAGAGAGUCUCUUUGACAAAAUAUACAUUAAACAUUAGUAAGAACAGUAUAUUAGAUUUACCUGAAGAUUAGUCACCCUCAGUUUAUUUCACCUGAUGAUUAAAUACCCUAAUGCCACCUGGAAAGUUGGGUUUAGGUUAGGUUAGGAUUGUUGAUUUUGAGGUUAAAUAUGCUGGGAUGCCAAAUUUUCAGGUGAGGAUAUUAUUUAUGAAUCAACAGGCACGGAGCCCCCUUUACCCUUAAUAAACAACUCACAACAACAACAAAAUUCACAAGAUGCUGCAGCUUUCCUUUUAAAAAUCUGUUGUGUACAGGAAUUUGUCAAGAGAGCAAGAAGGUGAAACCCAGACACACUAUGGAGAGCUUACUUACUUCCUGACCUACUGAAGACCGAAAGAAAAAAUAUAGAAAAAAGAUAGAGAGACGAGUAGAGAAAAACAACAGACUGGCAAUGGAGAGUAAUAAUGCAACCACAAACAUACAGACAGAGAUAAAAAAAGAACUAAUGCAAGACAGAGACACACAGAAUAAUAAAUGGAUUCAUAGGUAUUCUACACCAAGACUCCAGAAUUUCAAGAUCCCAUUCAACAACAUCAUUCUCCUCUGUAAGUGGUGACCCGCAGCUGCUGGAUGUCUUCCAAGGAGUUUUUCCUCCUCCACCACCACCGGCCUGGCAAGUAGACCAGUUUAGAAAGAACCUGCCAACCGAUGUGACUUUCUCCAGCUCCCCGGUAUGAAAGACUCACAGGUGUGGUGAUCAAGGAGAGACCAACACACACAGUUCACACUGGCAAGUGUCAGUCAGAGUCGAAAUAUACUAUAAAAGUGGGCCCACAUUUGGUUAUAACAAUAUCAUAGAAAAAUUAUGUUGCUUUGAUUUAUCAUUCUAUAGAUCCAACAUUACAGAAAAAGAAUGUGACUUGCCAUCAUUUUGUGAUUUGUUGAGCCAGUCAGGCUUGAAGAUCAUAUCCCUCAUUAUCUUGUUACUAGUCAAGGUUAGCACGACGAGUUCACAGGAAUUCUGUUGCACCACAAUUUCAAGAGUUGUUGUACCUGUACUAAUACAAGUGAAGAAGAAUCCCACCUUACAACUUUUCUUGUUUCUUGAUGCCCACGAGGAGAGUGAGGGAGUGAACAGAGAGGCUGAACCAUUAUCACUGAGCAAGACAUCAAACUCUCCCCUCUGAUGUAACGUCAAGCUAUCAUGUAAGUGACAAAGAUCCUGAAUUGUGUCAACUACCAGAAGAAAAUUUUUUCUUGUCACUUAUUGUUCUUUUUCACUACCACCAACAACAACAAAAAGGGGGCAAAAAACACUCACCUCCACAUUGGUACACCUCCAAGAACAACCUACUGUGCCUCAUCAGCAACGAGUCAAAUAUGGUUGGGUGUGGAAGGAGAACGGCCCUGGUGACUCUGGGGGCAGUUCUGUGCCUACAGGGAGCAACAGCAGAGGUCCCGAAUGGGUUCCUACAGCCCCUGGGUGAGCAACACUCUAGGAGAGCAGCAGUGUUGGGGCAGAAACAGCAGGAUUCUCCCUCCUACAUGUACAACUCCCGGAGAGACAUGGUGCUCUUCCACGAGGACCUGAUGCACGGAACUAGGCAACAAAAGACAUCCACCGUGACACCAGAGUCAGAGGAUGUAGAAGAGGCUCAGGAGACAGGUGACAACGUCCCCAUAUCGCGCUCCCCAAGGUUCCUCUUCAACUCUCUCUUCAACCAAUUCCAAAAGAAUAAAAAGAAAGAGGAGGAAGAGGAGGAAGAAGAAAAAGAUAAUGCAGACAAGGAGUUCUCCAGGCUGAGCCACAGUCAUCAGGGAGGCUACCCUUACUAUCCUCUAUCCCCAGUGUUUGUUCCCUUCCAUCACCAGCCGGUAGUUCAGCCCAUCAUCCUCGGCCUCAACAGCCAGCCCCUGCAUCAACAACUUUAUCCGAAGCCUCAUCAGUAUCCCAUGACGGUGACGAAUCCAGAGCCUCAGACAAUCGUCGUCACGCAACAGGCACCUGUCGUCCUGACACACACAGUGACUCACACUCGGGCAGCAAUGAUGCAGACACAGGGAAGUGACGGCCUCCUCCUCAACAUAUUAGCCUCAAAGCUCCAUGACUUAGAAUCCGGAAGUAAUAAUUACUCAAGUUGGGAUCUGAACCCCUUCAAGAAAUUUCACCAGAAUACAUCUUUGGGGAACAGCGGCCAUUUAGUGCAGGUCAUUGAACCGGAUCCUGUCUUGCCUUACCAGCAUAUGACAACCCAGAUUGUAAUCCAGCAACAGACAGACACUGAGAGACCUUCGUCAGGUUACCUUGUGUUUGAGUCUCCUGCCAACUUCAUCCAAAAUGGCAUCAAAAGAGUCCACAACAAUAUUAGGGCCAUCGGGGAUGGCAUCAGUAACCAAAUCGGGAGGGGCGUCGAGAACUUCAGGAAUAUAAUAAACAGAAACACCAACACAGCAAGAACCUUGAUCCCUUUGUACCAGCCAGUCGAGGAGCAACUCCUCAAACGAUCUUCACCUUCAGCUCAACAGCUGUUGGUUGACAACCCGACAAUCGUCUCUCAGAGAGCCGCCGACCGCAACAUUUGGAGUGUCGGUGGCAAGAGGAGGCGCUCAAGAUGGAGAACGGAGGCGACCGUGAAAGGGUUCGGCCAGCCUCUUGGAGACUUCUACACUGCCUUCCUGAGCGAUCAACAACACUCAGGCUGCACACACUGUUGAUGUUUAGAGGACCCAAGGAGGAGGAAGAAGAGACAACUACUUGAGCGGUGUUGUAGUAAAGCCCACCUAUAUGGCCUCAUCCCACAUCCCACAUAUACACAAUGAACUUGUAGGUUCAUGGACUGACUCAUUUAUCCUUGGAAAACAUCCCACCUAAAGUCUUUCUAGCAAGAAAUAAAACAGUGUGUCAAUGGAAAGGUGUUCUUGAGUAGCUGUCUCCUGUGAUGCUCAAUAAUAUACAAAACAUAAAUACCUGUAGUACCAUACCUGACACUACACCAAACGAUCAACAACACCAAACAACCCAAGUAAGGGGAGACUGUGUGAAACAUGGCAGGUGUGGGGAAGGGAGGAGGGAGGUCCCUUCUUGUGUGGUUGAC